AUUCGUAAAUUUAAUUAUAUCUCUACACCAUAUCUUCUAUCCAAAUUUUCGUUUUUCAAGCGGAUGACCGUCCAUGUACUUGUUAGAAAGCUAAAGUUGUAAAAGCUCAAAAAAGAAGUGCCAUACGCAAUAUUCUCUUUUUGAAGCAUAAGAAACAUAAUUAAUGUAGAUCAUCUUUGCUCAAUAUUAUGCUUCCUAAUUUCUGAAAGACAAAUCUAACUGUAUUGGCAUCUACUUGGAGCGGUAGUGAACUUUUCGCCAUGGCUGAUAUCGAUGUAAUAGAUUACUUGAAGUCAGCUACAACUUCAUUUUUAAGGCUGCAAGCUGGUGUAUAAAAAAAAAUUAUUUUAAUCUUCAGGUUAAAUUUGUUCUAUUGUUUGUCUCGUUUACAAAGAGAUGGAACCUUUAGAACUCAACGAGGCACAAAAAAAUGAGCUUCAUAUAAUCUUCAAUUUGUUCGACAAGAACAAAGAUGGGAAAAUCACAUUACAGGAGCUAGCAGCAGUUAUAAGAACCUUGGUUGGUCAGGAUUCGUCCGAAUCUAAUCUGGUCGAUAUGAUGAACCAGGCUGAUAAGGAUGGUGAUGGGUUAAUUAGCUUUUCAGAGUUUCUCGAAACGAUGUCAAAUAAUAUGCACAGUCUUAGUGAAGAAGAAAUUCUAAAAGAGGCGUUCAAAGCCUUCGACAAAAACGAGAAUGGCUAUAUCGAAUUUCCAGAGCUGCGUGCGGUGUUUCAGGGUUUGGGUGAGGCUCUCAGCGACAACGAUAUCUCCGAAAUGAUUCGUGAAGCUGAUACGGAUGGAGACGGAUGUGUAGAUUACAAAGAAUUUGUCCAAAUAAUGAAUUCGUUCAAAUAAAUUGGGUCUGACAAAAACAAAUAUUGUGUGCUCUCAGCUGCUGUUUCUUUCAUUUGAAAUGAUGAAAAAGUUGAGCACUAUAACAAGAUAUAAAACUUAAGAGGAAGCGCAUUUGUCGUGA